AUGCUUCGAUUUAUUACUGAGUUUCAAAGAAAGCGGCUCGAAAGAAUAUCAACAGCUGUGACAGAUCAUGCUAUUGUCCAUGGGCACCAGCAAGCUUCGACUGGAACGGAAAAACCUCACAGGAAUCGUCUCUUUUUCUACAAAAUUAAGGCCGUCUCGAAGCAUUUAUUUUCAAAGGUUUCUAGUUCUUCAUUGAAUCAUGAGUUUGCCACAAAUACCACGAAUGCUGGCGAAUCAAAAGGUAAUGGAAAAGUUCUUCAUGACGGUGAGCCAUGGGAUGAAGAGGAAGAAGAAAGAACGUUCAAUAGAUUUCAAGACUUGCCAAUUGAACUUAGACUCGACAUUUUGGAAUUGUACCUCGAAGAACCACGCAUUACAACAUUGAAUUUCGUUUCAUCCGAUCUCCUACAUCAUGACCACAUGUAUGGAAAGCGCUUUCGUCUUACAUGCGGUUCCUUGCCCCCAAUCCUAUGUCUCAACCAUGAAUACCGGAACAUAUUUCUUGAUAGGUUCACCAAGCCAGGAAUGACAAGAUCGCGCACAACUUUGAGCAUCGAGGAUGCAUUAAAGAUAAUUGCUAAUGAGGAACGCAAUACCGCUUUACGUGAUUCAUUCACUGAUGGAUCUCCCAGUGCGUUUCCCAUAUAUUCAACGCGCACGUACAGAAACAUAAUUUACAACCCUGAAGAUAUCAUCUGGAUCCAAGGAGACUUUUGGCUCGACGAACUACGAAGAUCAGCACUUGCUCGCUCAGCUUUCCAUAAUCUGAAAUAUCUCGCCAUUCCAUACAGAACAAGACGAAAAUCUCUUUUCGACCUCGAAGACAUGCUAAGUUUCCUCAGCUGCAUCAUCUCGACGUUUGCAAAUAUUCAGGGCAUCAUGUUGGUACUAGAAGUCGAAGAUGUGGUACCGGAGAGACCAAUUUAUAAUGGCGAGAUACAUUUCUAUGCCCCAGAGAAAAUUCGAAUGGUUUCAAGUGUUCCCCAUGAUGUCUCUGUGAAAUCCCGGAAAUCUCUCUCUCGGUAUUGGAGAAAGGUAUUAGGCAAACCAGUUGCGUCGCCAGAAGUAGAACUACAUACUGAAUACUGGUCAGCAAGACGACUGGCAUCCGAUGCAUGGCUGAUACUCGACUUUAUCAAAUCGCGGGCUAUUGAAGCUGGGAACCGAGGUUUCUCUGUUUCUCCCUGGAAAGAUCCAAGCGAAGUAGAAAGAUGGGAAAUACCAUUUAUUCAAGUGGUCACUGCGGGUCUGAGUACGUCCAGAGGCGAAAGAGAUAUCAUUCCUACAAUCAGAAUAGAGGAUUGGAUCGAGGAAUAG